CUCCAUCCGUGAAUUCGGUACUGAGUCAGUGAAAGUGAUCAUCAAUCAGCGCACCGAUCCCCACGUCGAGACCUCCAAGAGACGAACAGAACCCCAGCUGGCGGAAUAUCCUCCUUGUGCGCUCACUGAGAUCGGGGAAAAAUGAAUGCCUAUUUCGAACCGAGCGCCACCCCCUUGGGCUACUUCGGGAACCAAGCUCAAGUGAACAGCUCGCCAGCGUCCCAAAACGACCAAUAUCGAGGCUUCAAUCUUCUGGUGCCUCCCUACGGAUCCGUAUCUAGCUCGGCCGCCGCCGCCACAAACAGCAAUGGUCUGCCGACGGCUUCUCAGCCAAGCACCCCACAAAAUGGCGUCUCGUCCACCCGGCCGGAGAGCUCUGAACGGAAUUCACCUCCCUAUGAAACCGACAAAAGCUCAUCUUAUGAUUUCAAGACGUCCUCCGCCUCGGCCGCCGCCAUCAAUUCCAGUCUCGGUGGGAGUCUUGAGCAGAAGAAUUUCAUGAAAGAUUUCCGACAGGAUAUCGCCGCGUUGGCCGGAUGGAACCAAUCCGGAGGUAAUCGACUUGGUGGUUUCGAUUCAAACUGGAACAGCGGACAGGCAACGUCUCCUGGCGGGACGAGCGUAGCCGGAGUCACCGGUGGAGGAACGAACCCUAACACAUUCUACCCUUGGAUGGCCAUUGCCGGCCUCAACAGCUAUAUCGCACGCCAACAGGCUGGUUUUCCAGGAUUUUUAGGUGCUUCUGGACUUCGACGUCGCGGCAGACAAACCUACACUCGUUAUCAAACACUGGAACUCGAAAAAGAAUUCCACACGAAUCACUAUCUCACGCGCCGGAGGAGAAUCGAGAUGGCCCACGCGCUCUGUCUGACCGAGAGACAAAUUAAGAUUUGGUUCCAGAACAGGCGCAUGAAACUUAAGAAGGAGAUCCAAGCGAUCAAGGAACUCAACGAGCAAGAACGCCAAGCUCAGGCUGCGAAAGCCGCGUCGAUGGGGAUAAAUGGUGCCGGGGGAUCCGGUCAGGGAACUCCGUAG